AUGGAAGAAGAGAUGACGGUCAACAAGACCAAGGUUUUGGAUGACAUCCACCCCUGCUACACCUUAGAUAAUACAACUUACAUAUUUGCAAGUCACCCUUCAGUUGCGUGCCUGGCUUUGUAUGUUUUUCUCGGUUUCUUGUCACUUUGCACCGUAUGCGGGAACCUUCUCGUGAUAAUCGCCGUGGUUUGUUUCCGACAGCUACACAGUCCGACUAACUACCUCAUUCUGUCUCUAGCUGUGGCCGACCUGCUCGUGGGGAUUCUGGUUUUCCCUUUCAGUAUGGCUUUCACCGUGUUCUCCUGCUGGCAUCACGAAGGCCUGUUGUGUAAAAUCCGAGGUACCUUCGACGUCACGCUGAGCACGGCGUCCAUUUUGAACCUGUGCUGCGUUUCUGUCGACAGAUACCACGCAGUGUGCCAGCCCCUGACGUACCGGAGCAAAAUCAGCCACCGUGUUGUCGGCACUAUGGUCCUGGUAAGCUGGGGGCUUCCGGCACUGAUAGGAAUCGGAAUCACGGUGGCGGGAUUUAAUCAAGGCAAAUGUGAAGGCAGCUGUUUAAUGGACGCACUGAUAUCCACCACUCUGGCGUGCAUAUUCUCCUUUUACAUCCCAGUCAUCGUCAUGCUCAGCAUCUACUUGAGGAUAUUUCUCGCGGCGCAGAGACAAGCACGAGUCAUCCACAACUCAAAGUCAGGAGGCAUCAGUAAGAUGGAGAGGAAAGCCACCAAAACAUUGGCUACCGUGAUGGGAGUUUUUAUUCUAUGUUGGACGCCGUACUUUGUCUGUAUAAUCUUUCAGCCUUUCACUUAUCGUACCACGCCCGUCGUUGUGAUAGAGACACUGAACUGGCUGACCCUCUCCAAUUCCAUGCUUAACCCCUUCAUCUAUGCCUUCUUUUACAGCUGGUUUAGAACAGCUUUUAAACUCAUCAUGACCGGGAAAAUACUUCAGGCUGGUUUUGCUAACACCAAACUCUUUUAACUUAAGUUCUUCUGUGAAGGCUAACACAGAAUAAUGCUUGUCGCAAUUGUAACUCCGAAGCUAAUCUGUGACUGUGAUUGAGACUGUGACACGUCUGGAGGGUUCGUUCUUGGCCAGACGGAGUUCCAAGUUUACAAAGUCUUUUUCUUUGUCUUUCUUUGUCUCAAAGUCUUCCCUUUCUCUCAGAGUCUUUUUCUUUUUCAGUCCUUUGCUUUUCAGAGGCGUUCUGGCCAGCGUCUCUCCUGUGGGGGUUUUCCUGGGCCUCUAAUGGUCUCCAGCGCUCCGGAUAAAGAGACAGGUGAUUAGACAACUCGUUCCAGCUGA